GAGGAGGAGCAGCCCCAAGUUCGACCCCCUCCCAAUUAUCACCCCCCCCCCAGCAGACGCACACACCUGAUCUCUCCGGCAGAGUUCAAUACACCCCCGCUCCGCCCCCGUCUCCAUCUGCGCCUUGGAGAGGCUGGGGGGCUCAGGGUACCAACCGUCUUUUGUCCCCUUUGUCUCUUUCUGGAGCGCCCCCUCCCUCGGGGACGCGCCCGGCGGAGGGGACGCGGCUCGCCCCUGUGGCACUGAUCCCCCCCGCCCUUCCUCCCUCCCCCCAGCCCAAAAAACGCCGGCCAAAACCACGCCCCCCUCCCGCCCAGGGAUGCCCUCCGCCCCCGGGCGCCCCCUCUUGCCAAGCCAAGCCUCCUCGGGCUGGCAGGGGGCCCCCUAGGCCAGCCCCCUCCCCUCCGGUCUCUGCCAAGCGCUCGGCCGGGCAAGGCAGGCUGGAGCUCCGGAGCGCAACUUUGAGCAGGUGAGGACCAGCUUUCGGGAAGAUGGCCUCCUCCCCCGCCCAUCUCCCCCCCAUUUUUGUCUUCUGCCUGCUGACUCUCAGCCCCACGGACUCGCUUGAGCCAGCCCCCAUGGUAUCCAGCAUCCCAGAGGUCACCAAUAAUUUCGACAGCCAGGAUCUGUGGGCCUCCCAGCCACAAGCCGUGACACAUCACCGCAGACACAAUUUCCGCAAGCAGGAGUGGGCGCACCACGGGAUGCCGGCCCGGGCCAGAGGCUCCGGGGAGGGCAACCCGCACCACCGGGGCAGAUCUGGGUCAGUGGAACGGCCCACCAGCCUCCGACAGAAGGACAUUUUCUUGGGCUUUGCAUUCCCGUAUCCCAAGCAGGAGAACCAAGCCCCAGGAUCGGAAAGAGGGAAGAAGCAGGACCGUGAACUCCGACGGCACAGCCGCAGGGACAGACUGAAACAACACCGCGGCAAAGGUCCUAAUCCGGGGCCAAGCGCGCUGUAUAAAAGGCCUGAAAACUUUGAGCAGCAAUUCCAGAUACUCCAGACAGACGGUUCUCCGACAGGACUGGCUCCUACCUCCCUUCUGGGCUCUACCCCAAAGACCUCGACUGAGGAGACCCCCGCUCUCCAAGCCACCUCCCCCCAGCCUCGGGUCCGCAUCAGGCAAGAGGGGGACGUGUUGCCCACCUUGGACAUGACUCUCUUUGACUGGACGGAUUACGAAGACCUCCGGCCAGACAUGUGGCCCCUGUCCCGGAAGAAAGAGAGACAGCAGAGUAAUCCCAGUGGGAACGAAACCACGCCGGCUGAAGAAGACCCCUGUGACCAUCACCUUGACUGCCUCCCAGGCUGCUGUUGUGAUUUGCGGGAGCACCUCUGCAAACCCCACAAUCGUGGCCUGAACAACAAAUGUUACGACAACUGCAUGUGUGCGGAAGGUCUGCGCUGUUAUGCCAAAUUCCACCGCAACCGGAGAGUGACCCGGCGAAAAGGCCGCUGCGUGGAGCCAGAGUCUGUGGAUGGAGAUCAAGGAUCGUUUAUUAAUGUCUAGGAAGACGCUGGCGAGCUUUUCUGGGCUGGUGGCAUUAAUUUAUGACUAGUGGUGGGGACGGAAAGGAGAAGGGCCACUGGGUGGCUUUGAUGCUGUUGGCUGAGCUACAAAUCCCGUGCCGCUUUCCUGAAACUUCCACAAACCAAUUCUCACUCCCCCCCACCCCUGCCCCCCACGCUGCCACUAGAAGCUGGAGGCAGUUUUUGAUCUGACACCUACAAGAGAUUGUUUUUAAGAUCUGAGGAAACUUUACCCAUUGCCUGCUGCAUCUCUGUGUGAGUCUCUGUGCUGGGUCAUUCUGCUGUAUCAGGAAUGGCUGAAUUUAACACAUAGUCAGAGGCUGGGCAGUUACUUGUUGGAAGGUGCUGGGAAGAACAUAAGAACAUAAGAACUAGCCUGCUGGAUCAGAACAGAGUCCAUCUAGUCCAGCACUCUACUACUCGCAGUGGCCCACCAGGUGCCUUUAAGAGCUCAUGUGCAGGAUGUGAAAGCAA